AGUAAUUGCCUGCACGGAAGUGGUAGGUGUAGUCUGCUGUUUUGGAAAUGUAGCUACGAAAUGAAGUUUACGCCUGUCAGUCACUUUUCCUCAUGAUCACAACUUUGUCAGUUUUGGAUCUAUAGAAGAAUUGAUAGAAUAUUUUACACAAUGACAACUGAUAUUGAAAAUCAUAUUCGACAAAAUCACCAAUGGCAAAAGUUGCCCGCUAAUAUCAAGCAGAGCCUUGGGAACUCCCAGAGAGAGUACGAGAAAGCUAUUGUCUCAUUCAGUGUUAAAAACCAACUUCGAUACAAGGGAAAUCUUGUGAAGACAGUGCGGAAGGAUGAAAGGCGAUAUUAUGAAGACUUGAUGCAAUACAGCCGUGAGCACUUGAUGCUGUACCCAUACCACUUGGCGGAUGUGAUUGUGAAAGGCCUGCGCAUCACUCCAUUUAUGUACUACAUCAACAUGAUGCAAGACAUCAUGGUGCAGGAGAAGAGUUAUGAUUCCCUUCCCAACUUCACUGCUGCUGACUGUCUACGACUGCUGGGAAUAGGUCGCAAUCAGUACAUUGAUCUCAUGAAUCAAUGUAGGUCAUCAAAAAAAUUCUUUAGAAAGAAGCCUGUAAGAGAACUCCUACCAGCACAGCCAGUGGAGGAAGCAACUGUGGAGCCAUGGUGGAUUGUCAACAUUGGCUACGUCACUGAGGAUGAUGUUAAAAUGUGCAGUGUCUUGGAGAAAUCCACAAUAGACUCCAUCAUAGAUGCAGGGUCUCAGCUGGCAGGAGAACUGGACAAGACUGUAGUACACAGCUUAUACAGGAAAGGCUUGGUUUAUGUUGAUGUGCCUAUUGCUGAUGAUGACUGUAUUGUUGUCCCACCUUUGGAGGGAUUUGUGAUGAACAGAGUUCUUGGGGAUUACUUUGAGACACUGCUGUAUAAAAUUUUUGUCUCCAUUGAUGAACACACUAAGGUAGCUGAGCUUGCAUCUGUUCUUCAAACUGAUCUUGUUCUAGUCAAGAAUGCUGUGUCAAUGUACUGUCGACUUGGGUUUGCUCGCAAAAAGAAUGUGGACUCGGCUUCUUCUGAUUAUCAUCCAUCGUGGUCUCAUGCUGAAUCACCAACAGCUUCUUCUAGGAAAGCAAUUGUGAGCCAGGAGCACUUACUGAUAGACCUCAACAAUGCCAUGAAUGUGGAACUGACUGCUAGUGACCCAGGGGAUCUCCUGGCUUCUGCUCACAAUGCCAACAACAACUCUGACAUCACUGCUGGCUUGGAUGCAGCCAUCGACACCAACAAUCAGACAGGAACUACUAGACGGAUUGCAUUUCUUUUUGACUCUACUCUCACUGCCUUCUUGAUGAUGGGCAAUCUCUCACCGGGUUUGAAAAGCCACGCUGUGACGAUGUUUGAGGUGGGCAAACUGAGCGAUGAGUCUAUGGACAGUUUCCUCUCAGAGCUGGAGAAGGUGGGGUCUGAUGCAGAGGGAGAGGCUAGGCGCUACUUUGAUCAUGCGCUCACCCUUAGAGACACCAUUCGCUUCUUGCGGCAUAACAGGAACUUAUGUGAAGACAGUGAUGCUGGCCAUGGCAUUGACCUCCUUCGGUGUGAAAGUCUACUCAGCCUUGACCCUGAAACUAGAGCAAGGGUGUUGAACAAAAACUACAAUCUUCUGGUCUCCAUGGCCCCUCUUAGUAAUGAGAUUAGGCCAGUCAGCAGCAGUGUUCCUCAGCACAUUGGACCCUCCAUCCCAGAGGUGAGCUCACUGUGGUUUAAGUUGUUUAUCUAUCAGCUGACUGGUUGUGGACCACCUUCCUUGCUCCUGGUCAAGGGAACAAAGCUCAAACAACUUCCAGAGGUCUUCCAGAAUUAUGACCGCCUUCUGGUGACUACAUGGGGUCAUGACCCUGGAGUGAUUUCAACUUCCAACAUUCUGCUGACAUUGAAUGAUGCUUUGACACAUUCUGCUGUCUUUGUGCAGGGUCAUGGAUUUUUCACAGAGGGUACAACUGUACAUGUGUCAUUUCCUCUGGACAACACAGAAGAUGCCCAGUUUAGUAAGGACCAGUUUGGCUGUCAUCCUGCGAUCAAGCAGUUGUCACAGCAUGUUGAUAUGAUGCACUUGUGUGGCUUUCUUACUCUCCUCAAUCCUUGCCGCCCAUCAGGCAUUGAACAAGAUGGAGAUGUAGGUUCUCUUCAGCUUCAUCUUUCCACUUCAGCUUCUGUGUCUGUCUCCGAAACAGCUUCUGUGGAGGACAUUUCAGGCAAUCCUUCCAACGGACUAACUGAUGAGUUAUCGGCAGAAAUGCUUGCAUCUGAACUUGAUGCUCUUGACAAUACCACCGCGCUCCCCAAUCGAGAAAACAUGUCACUGGAGCUGAAGGCACCAGUUGGCAGUGUAAUGCAAGAAAACAACAGGUGCGAUGGGCCAGGUAGAGCACACCUGGAGGCAUUCAACGAGGCUGACUGGCAGCUGCUGGAUAUGUGCUUUGGUAUCCCGUUGUUUGACCCUCAGCUAAACAAGGAAGUGUGUCACAAGAUUGUGUCCCUUGGCCUCUUCACAGAUGACAGUUUGGAGAAGCUGUUACACUCAAGUCGUACAUUGUCUCUAAAACUGCUUGACUUCAUAGCGGAAUGGCAGGUUCCCUCGGCUGUUCAGGAUUUAGAGACUCAUGGAGUUCCACAGAGCCGAGAUGAGCACUGCACCUUGUAUCCAACAGAAAAUAUCAUCUUCAGGGAUGGCAAAUUACAAAUAUGGAAGAAGAACUCUUGACCUUUCAGUUGUGCAGCUUUUCCUCCAUUUGUGUUCAGGUGUUAGGUCAAUAUGUGCGUGUCUCCAGGAUAUGAACUUUUAAUAAUGUUAACCAUUAGGGUAACAUAAGCAUAUCCCAAGGAUAAUGUGAGAUAACAUUAAGCAGGUAGUAAGGUGAUAUGUCUGUAUGUUUCCAAGAUGAUGUGAGCCUUCAUGUUACAUAAUGUCCAAGUCUUAUCCAAUGUUUCUUAUAAUUUUCAACUGAAGAUAGAAUUCUUAUGGGUUGGAACUCUUUUUCUAGUCCAAAGUAGUCAAAGAACAUUAGGUUAACAUUAAAUUUUGAUUAUUGGUCGUUCUUUUGUGACCUUUUCUAUGUACAUUGUUAAUGUCCUGUCUCGCACAAGGCACCUACUGCAGUAGUGUGUUGCUGGAGUCAGGUUGUUGUUGCCCAAGGUAUGAGUGGUAACUACUUACUGAGCUGGCUGUAUCUAUUGGUAUACAAAUAUAAAGAAGUCACCAAUGAACUUGUGCAAAAAAAAAAAAAAAAACACUUGAAUAUUAGAUUCAACCCACGAGGUGUUUUGGAACUAUCAUCAUUUUCAGUCUUGUCUGGAAAAUUUUAUAAAUGACAGUUUUAUAAACUAUUCUUGUUAAUUAUCUAGUACAUGCAUUAUAUAGAUAGAUGCCCUGUGAUUAUAUGUAAAAGGUCAAAACCAAUGUAUGUAUAUAUGAAGUAGGAUGUAAAAUUGCUAUAUGCAUAGGAAUGAAGGUUAUGAUGUGGGAGAAACAUUGUCAUGUAUUUGUUGUCACUCAUCUCUGGGACCAGGACAUCACCAUUCCACAGUUUCUAAUAAAUCAGUUUUUGGGUUAAUUAUAGUCUUGGAGGCAAGAUGUUUGAUUACUUACAGUUGAGAUGUUUGAAGAAACCUGCAGGCAGAAAGUGUCAAAUUAUGAGCUACUUUUUUGUAAAAACAUUCUGUCUAAAAAUAGAUUUUAGAACUGUAUCCUAAAAAUUACUUCGUCGCUGUCUGUCCAGUGGACAUGUCUAUCACAGUCAUUUAACUUUUUUAUAGCAGGUUAUUUUAAAUGAAAGUAACAAAGAGAGGCAGCUUAAAUAGACAAACUAAAAUUAUUGAAAAUUGUUGAUGAAUGCAGUCUUCUCUGACCAAUCAAAAAGAGGCGAAUGUGAUAGAGCUAAAAAAUAACCUUGUACAUCUCAGAGACCUUUGUACAGUCCUUUUUGUUCCACACAAAAUGCUGAUACUAAACUCUGUAAUAGAGUGCCAGAAAAUCAUGGAAGCAAACAAAUACCAUGGAGGACUUGAAUAAUUGUUUGCUGGUCAUGAUACUGUCACAUGCAGUCUGUGGACAAACAUUCUUACAGUUAUCUUCAAGCUAAUUAUGGAUGAAUUUUGUACUUGCUAUGCUGAAUGUAGCAGCAAGAUGGCUGUUGAGAACAGUUCUUGUGACUGCUUGCUUGCCAGCCAGUCUUGGAUCUUUUUAAUUGGACAUAUAUGGUAAAAUACAAUACUGUGUUCAGAUUUGUACAUAGGUCAUGGGGACAUUAAAAAUGCUCUUGAAAC